GAACCAUAUUAGUAUACAGACGAAAACAGCUGCAUCUUUAGUUGCAUUGCAAACGCGCCGUGUACAGUCGUGUAUAUAUAGAUAAGAUUCGCCUAUCAAUGUCUACAGUCUGACUUGAAGCUCGCUGACCGGUAUGCGAGCCACACAACACAAAAGGCCUCCGUUCGUUACACAAUCUAAAUUAUCAUAGUUUUACAAUUCGGAGCAAAUAAACUAUCUCAAAUCAUGAACGAGUUUAGUGUAAAAUCCGACUACAUUCCUUUGGUCGAUAAGAAAAUUAGCAGUUUUCGUGUCAUCAUACCGUUCGCGAGAAUCGCGUGGUUCACCGUCUCGAUACAAUGCUUCAGUUUUAUUUUUUGCAUUUUGUGGACAAUAAUGUACAACUUCGAGGAGUCGACCAACACCCAUUGCAAAGUGUAUAAUGCAUUACCAUCGGUUUCUGCUACCAUUGGUCACUAUCAACCGCAGAAAAACAUUUGGAAGAUGACCACUGUGAUCCAAGCAAUCAUUAGAUUUUACAUGAUUAUCCUGCACUACCAAUACUACAAAAAGAAUACAUAUCCUACAACUCAUAAGCUAACUCGGUUAGCUCUUGUGACUUAUGUAAUUGAAAAUACAUCAUUAGUGACUCUCAGUUUUUGGACGUCAAAUGAAAAUUAUGCAUUGCACAAGCUUUCGUUUAUGAUAUUUUUAUUCACAUCAUUUAUAUACAUGAAUGUUUCAUACAUAAUUGCAAAAAUGUGCCGCAGUACAACAAGAGAGGUUCAUGAUAUAAUUUCGCUCAGAUGGAAAUUAAGAGCUUUGAUCUCAAACUUAGCUGGAAUAAUUUUAGCUUGCUAUUUUUUCUAUAGACACAAUAAAUACUGUGAACCUUUUGUCUAUUCACUAUUUGCCUUAGCGGAGUAUCUUGUUGUUUUAACAAAUAUGGGAUUUCAUGUAACUGCAGCAUAUGAUUUUGCUGGAAGAAGUGUUCUGAUAUCUAGAAAUGGAUUAAAAAUUUUAUGAUUGGCCAUAAUUGCUUAAGGACAGAUAAAUUUAUUAGAAAUGUACUUUGCUAUUGCCAAACUACUCGUAGCUCCUGGCGAUGGGGCAUUACGACAAUGUAAAAUUCUUU